GAUCAGUAUACAGUCUACUAACUGAAUGAUAAUAUCAUUACAUUGUCAUCAACAACAACAAUCAUCAUGAGUGGAAAAAUCAUUUUAUGUUUCGCAGUCGUCUUAGUUGGACAGGCCAUGUCAGCUUCCCUGUUCGAUGGCGAAGAAGUCAAGAAAGUCGCAGAACAAUUCACCUUAUCCGCCGCCACGGUCGGCAGCCACAUGGCCUCAUUAAUUGGAUUCCCAGCCAAUCCAGCUGAUGCCCAAAAAAAUAUUGAAAAAAUUAAAAGUGUUGUGACUAAUGGAAUCAAUGAUUUAGAAGACCAAGCUGGCAAAUUGAGAGAAGCCGUGCGCAAGCAGGCCAGCCCAACAUUAAUCGAAAAAUUCGAUGAAGUAGAAAAGGAAUUAAAAAAACACGCCGCAGAGGCCAAGAAAUUCUUGGAAGAUAAAGUCAGCAAGCCCAUCGAUGAGAAGUACAAGGACGAUGUGAAGAAAUUCUCCGAAUCCAUUAUCAAGUCCACCAAAGACUUAGAAGAUUCAACAUCGUUUCUAUCAAAAUUGCCGGCUAUAAUAAAAGAGAAAGAACAAACAUUAUAUAACAAAUUGCAUGCAUUUGUAGAAUCAGUUGGGCAAAAUAUUUCGGAAAGCCUGAAGAAAAUCUAUAAUAAUUAUUUGAGUCCCGUCGUCCAUAUAUGCUGGAAAUAUGCCAGUAUAACGUGGUCUACUGUGGGAUCUUAUAUAUUUCAUCAAUGAUUUAAACCGAAGGACAAUUAAAAUGUAUUAGUUUUGAAGGAUUAAUUUGCAUACUAUUUAAUUUUUUUUUAUUGUAUUAUGAAUAUUU